AUGGACGAGAUACGCCUGUCAUUACUGCUGCUCCUAAGGCGGCCUCGUCUAGACCGUAGUCCGAACAGGAUUCUGUCGACAAGUCGGUCGACGCAGGUAACGCGCUGCGAAGUCCCUCUUCUGUCCGUCCAUGGUUUCAACGAGCUCAGCCCAGCCAACGGCACUAGCUUCGACACCCAUGUUUGCGGAUCUAUCAUCGCCGCAGAGCAAGCACAGACAAUUUGGCAAGAGAACCCAAAGUCCUGGUCGGUCAUCCUUCGGAAUGACUGCUGCCUGACAGGCCACAGCAACCGACUGAUAGGGGAGAGGGAGAUCAAGCGAAUCGCUAUGAACAACUCGCCAGCUUCCGUUGUCGAAUUUUAUUCCCCUGUGCGGCCAGUCUUGGAUAGCCCUAUGUCGCCGAGAUUGGAUUCAUCUUACCUGGCGAUGUGCAGCUCCUUUCCAAAUGUACCCUGA